AUGCCUUUGCUGUCGAAAUACUUGCCCUUCUCGCCCUCGACGACGACGGCCCAAGCGGUGACGUACUUGCUCGGCAUUUCGCUCUUCUCCAUCUCGUUUCUCGUCUUUCUGAACAGCUCCGUUUCCUUCGUCAUCACCGACCUGAUCGGCCAGAAAAAGGAGGUGGGCGACGUCGUUGGGACGCUUGGCUUUGCCGACGAGCUUGUCGCCCUCGUCGCUUGCCCGACAUGGGGACUGAUAUCCGAUCGGCUGGGUGUUCGCUGGGUGGCGGUGAUUGGCUAUGCAAUCAUUGGCAUUUCACUCGCCGUCUUCGUCCAAGCAAAGAACGUCUAUCCCCAGUUGCUGCUGGCACGCAUCUUCUUUGCUCUCGGAGCUUCGGCCGCGGCCACAAUGGUGACGGCAAUCCUGCCCUCCUUGACGGAUGAUAUGGAAGACUUGUGGAAGAUGUCGGCAAGUUCCAGAGCGAAGCGGAAUCCUCGAUUGAGCGCCGCUUUUUCGGUUGAAUCCGAAAUCACCAUCACUCCGGAGCGGUACACGCGAAACUUGUCGAAUGACCGGGUCCAGAGCCCGCACGAAGUUGCGGCAUCCACAGCCGGAAAGCCCUCUGCACUGGCAGGGUUUGUGGGCCUGUUUACUGGAUGCGGAGCCCUCGUGGCGCUGGUCAUGUUCCUGCCUCUCCCGACAAAGUUCGGCGAGAUCGACGGCGUGACGCCCGGUGAGGCUGUCUCGUACAGCUUCUACGUCGUUGGUGCCAUCGCCCUGGUCGUCGCCGUAUUUGUCUUCUUUGGCCUGCGAAAUUUGAAUGGCGAGGAAGGAAAAGGCUGGAAGAACCUCCUUGGAGGCGGGAGCAAUGAGGAUGAGUGCGAGGGGCUUGGGGUGGAUGAGGAGGAUGGAGCGCGAACACAGAAGGCAAUUCCGUAUCUCCAUCUCCUGAAGGACUCCGUGCUGCUAGGCCUCACCGAUUACAGGAUUUCACUCGGCUACCUCGGGGGGUUCGUCGCCAGAGCAUCGACCGUGGCCAUCUCGCUAUUCAUCCCGCUCUUCGUCAACACGUACUUCAUCAGCAACGGGUACUGCCAAGGCUCGCCGAAUGACCCGUCACCUGAGCUGAAGCGGGAGUGCCGGGCGGCCUACGUGCUAUCGUCCGUGCUGACCGGCGUCGCACAGCUGAUGGGCCUCCUCUGUGCCCCCCUCUUCGGGUACCUAUCAGGCCGCACCGGCCGCGUCAACUACCCGAUCGUGGUGUCGACAGUGUUUGGCAUCGUUGGCUACACCAUUCUACCGCAGCUAUCCAGCCCCGAGAUCAAGAAUGUGGAGGGGCGGGGAGGCAGCCCAAUGAUAUUCCUGGUUGUGACUCUCAUUGGCAUCAGCCAGAUUGGCGCCAUCGUCUGCAGCCUAGGGUCUCUCGGCCAGGGGGUGCUGGCUGUCGAACUGCCGAGGUCGACGCGACGCGAGCCGUCGAUAGCGCCGGACGAGGACGAGUCGGCCGAAUCGGAGCCGCUCAUCCGCAUAUCGGCCGACGAGGACUCCGUGUCGAGAGUUCGUCUGAAGGGAUCCAUCGCAGGCGUAUACUCGCUGUGCGGUGGCGUCGCCAUUCUGGUCCUCACCAAGCUUGGAGGGGCCUUGUUCGACAAGUUAUCGAGGGGAGCGCCGUUCUACAUGAUGGCCUCAUUCAACGCCCUUCUGCUUGUUGCCAGUUUGUUUAUGGAUGCCUCGCAGGCUUUUGCGAGAGCGUGA